UUGUCUCUUCUCCCCACCUCACCGACUUCCUUCAACCUUCAUGGAUCCUCCCAUAGAGAAAUAACAAGGAGAUCCUCCUUAGAUUAGUUAGUCAUCAUUUCUACCAAUCUGAAUCUAUACAGCGUGUAUACAGCGAAACAGCGACAAGCGACAACAGUGUACAGUAGCGAGUCACGCUUAGGGCAGCUAUACAAGUUGAGGUGAAUUUUAUUUUUGUAUUUGUAAACGCUUCCUUAUAAAAAGUGAAAUCUGCACAGAAAUGGCUUCCACAUUAACAACUAUUGUUGCAGUUCUUUUAGUAAUAAAUGGAGCUUAUGCAUUGGAAUGCUACAAAUGCAAUUCACAAGAUAAGACUCUAUGUAAAUGGGGUCUCACGUCAUUCCUGCAGGAUACAGAACAAUGUAGCUCAGUUUUAGGCGCUGUUUUCUCGCCAAAAUGCUAUAAAAUAACUGCCAAAAGUAAAGGCGGAAGUGAGUACAUCGCUAGAGGUUGUAUGGCAACUGGCCUUGGUGGUGGCUGCAGCGCUAUGGCUAAAACACUAAGUUGGUUCUCCUCUGCGGUUUCAAGUGACGAUCCAGAUAGCCUCCAAGUCUUAGGCUGUGAAACUUGUGAAACAGAUAAAUGCAAUUCGGCCACAAAACUCACUGGAUUUGCUUUCAUCGGCCUCGUAUUGUCUGCAAUGGCUUUCUUAAUGUAAAUGUAAAUCUCGCUGGAGUUAUUUUAUGUAACUCAAAUAAAUUUAGGCUACGAUGCUUGUUCAAUCGAAACACAUCUUUGGUCAGAAGAAAAAAUUAUUGGUCUAGAAAUAUAUAUGUAUCUAGAAAUAAUUGAAACAAAGCUAAAAUCAAUAUCAAUAAACGAAUUAAUAUUAAAAUUAAACUCGCCAGUCUUCCAGGUUACACUGCGUCGUUGGUUCCUAAGCCGAGCUUUCCACGUCCUCUCUGACGUUAUCUUCGGCGCUUCCGGGGUCUCGGUCUCCUGAGGCUCCAGACACUACACUCGCUACAAUACUGACCAAAAAUGCGUUUCGAUGGAACAAGCAUAAUAUUUGUAAGGAAGAUGGGCAGCUAAGUAUGUUCGAUGUCUCAGUAAGUUACGCAAUAUAGUAAUUUAUAGGUAGUUAUGACUGUAAUGUUUAUAUUUUGAAGCAUUUAUGAAAGUUACGCUAGUAAUAAUAUAAAGAUACUAUUAUUUGAAACUUUCUAAAAACAAAAAAUACGAAGUCUAUAUUUUUAACUUCAACAAAAAAUAUUGCGCAGAGCAGAAAAAUAACGUAUGUCCUAACCCAAAAGUUUUGGCACAGAAUAGUUAUCGGAUUUUUUCUUUAAUGAAGAAAUUUAUUUAAACACUACACUAAAUUAAACAUUUAAAAACUAGUUAUCAUAAAUUACAACAUCAUCAUUAUGGCUUACUCACUCCUAGCGGAGUGUUUACCGCUCCUUCCAAUUGUAGAUUGUUAGCUUCUUUAUGUCUCCGAAUUAUUGAUCUCCAUCUUGUUUUGGGUCUUCCCUUUGGUCUCUUUGUUGUUGGUUUCCAGCCGGUUAUUGUCUUUAGCGCAGAAUCUGGGUUAGCUCUUUCUGUGUGUCCCAGCCACCUGAGCAUUUGCGCCUUCGCAAACUUGACUAUGUCUUCACCCUGGAUGGCUUCUUUAAUUUCUUCAUUGAUUAACCUUCUAAAUUCGCCUACACCUAUCCUCACCGGUCCCAUUAUUCGUCGAAUUAUCUUUCUUUCAUAAGAUUUCUAACUUCAUUUCAUCUUUUUGUGUUAAGCACAUCGUCUCUACACCAUAGGUGAUAGCUGGCCUGGUUACGGUCUUGUAAAUUUUUAAUUUAGUUGUCUUACUAAUGUGUUUUUCUUUUAAGAAUUUUAGAUAGUUCCAGUAGGUUUUAUUACCCAGUAGGAUGCGUUUAUUUAUUUCAUACGUUCUAUCAUUUCUGCCACUCACCAUCACUCCCAAGUAUUUGAAACGGUGUACUCUUUCAAAGGUAUAUGCACCAAACUUAAUUUCUUUCUCGAUGUUUGAACACUUGAGCUAUUUCGUUUUGCUCUGGUUUAUUACUAGCCCUCUCUUCUUUGAUUCUUUAUCUAGUAUUAAUACUAACUAAACUAUACUAUCGAAUUAUGAGGAGUGACCCAUUCUUCUCUACUAGUCGCAAAUUUCUUCGAAUAUCUCAUGAGGUUCUGGACGAAAUUCAGAUCAAUUUCUGUUUUUCGCAAAUUUGCCAUCUUAAUUGUUCUUCUCUUGGGAUUCCCAGCCUCCAUGAUAAACUGUUGACAGUAAAGCCAAAAAAAUUGGGGGGCCUGCGGCAAGUUUGUGGGAUUAUCUUUUUUGGGUAUAGAGAGUAUGUGGUGUUGUCGAAGCCAGUUUUGGGUAUCUCGAAGCCUAUUACUGACAGUAGACAAAGUAAACAAACUUUUGUUUCCAAAGGCAACUUGAUAUUAUUUUGUUUUUGUUAAAAUAAAGCCAAUGCAUUUUGUCCCAAAGCUUUUAGGACAUACGUUAUUAUGAACCAUUUUGAGUAUAUUUACGGGUUACAUACAAUAACAAAGCAUUAUGUAAUGUGAAAGGAUCAAAAAAAUAUAGUUUUGAUACACUAAACAAAACUUUAAGAGUCACAUUUUAUAUUUUUGUAUUGUAAGUCAUAAUUACAUUUGCUUGGUUUUGGUGUAUUCAGAACACUUUUUGCUUAUGUGGUACUAAAAAGUUUUAGAAGUAAAUGUUAGAAAUAAGUAUUUUAUGGCAUUUCCUAUGUUAUCUACUAUAUUGAUAAUUUUAAUUGAAAAUACGUUACUUCCCUAGUUCGAUUUCCACCUCAGACAUCAUUCUGUAUGAAUUUGCAUUUUGAGAAAGAUCAAAAGAAAACUUAGUUUCAGUUAAAAUUAUGAUUUAUUUCCAUCGAAUGUAGUAGUUAAGUAUAUUGUUUAAUACAGGACUUGAAUGGUUACCUCAUAUGAAGAGAAUACUUCAUUUACAAUAAUUACAUUUAAGUUUGUUGAUUCCAUUAUGUAUAUAUUACUUUUAAUUUAGAAUAAAAUAUUUUAAACAGUCUUAUACAUUCCA